AUGCUAGCACGAAAUCUCACGGCCGCGUUCUCUGAACAACUUCGUGCCGUCAUAAACAAUACCCCUACUCAGCAACGAGUACUGGAAGAUAUGGCUGCACAGAUAAAAAACCUGGAGGAACGAAUCGAGCCCCAUCCUGAGAUACCAAAAUCCCAUGAAUCUCAAGAAGGGAACUCGAGGACUUCCCACUCCAGCAGACGCAAUAAGAACAGGCGGGAAAGGUCCAAGACUUAUCCACACCCUGGCACCACAGAUACACGAGAUGGCGACUCCAAAACCGCCACUCCAGAUGCUCGAACUUUCCUAGAGAGCAAAAAACGAAAAACGUCCGAGAGCGUCCAGUCCCUGCUAGAUAAAAGAAGGGAGGAAAGAAAGAAGGCGGAACUCGCUGGUUCUAGCCGCCCCCUCAUUUCCGCCACCAUGCCGCGGAAUGAGGCCACCAAGAGUGUCCUCCCCGAAGAACCCAUAUCAUUAGUCUCCCCCCUGGCCAUGGAGAUACUAAAUACUCCCAAUCCCGGGAAAAUAAAGGUACCAAACAUGGCUGCUUUCGAUGGCACGUCAUGCCCACAGGAGCACAUGACGGCGUAUAAGAAUCUUAUGCUGUUAUACACCACCAACUCAUCGUUAUGGUCCUCAAAAAGGCAGGAGAAAUCAAACUUUCACCUGCUUAGUGUCACUCAGUUGGAAGGAGAAUCCAUAUCCUCUUAUCUCAAGAAAUUCCAUGAGGCAGUGCUGGAAGUAACUGAUUUGGAGGAUCAAGUAAAAACGUAUGCAGAGGCCAUGAAACAAUGCCAAAGCUACGUCACGGCCUCGGAGAUAUGUCAGGCCCAUGACCCGAAACGGCGUAAAUCCGAAAAGAAGGAAGCCGGAUCCUCUCUUCAAUCCUCACGACGUAGAGAGGAACAUUCUCCGAGGGGGAAGAAUUACAUGCCGCGUCGUCCUGGCCCACCGUCUGAUAUGGGACCUCCACGAGCCAGACAGGUAUAUGUAGCAGGAGGGGAGACUAGGACGCGGAAUCUGGGGGAUGGAGGCAACGACCCAAUGUUCAAUCGAAACAGGAGGGACAUUUUCUUCGCUGUUCGAGAUCAAUUGCCGGCUCCACCUCCUGUUACCACCCCCUCUGAUAGGCGCAACUAUAAUCUGUGGUGUGACUACCACAAAGAACACGGCCAUACUCUGGCACAAUGCCGCGAACUAAAGCGCAUCUUGCAUCAGUUGGCUGACGAGGGAAAACUGUCCAGGUUCAUCAACAGGAGAGAUUAUGAUGCUGGAAGAGAAGGGGAAAGGAGGCCAUGGCAACAAAAACGCCGAUCCCCCAAGAGGAACGAAGCCAGACGCGAAAGUUCCGACACCCAAGGAACUAUCAACAUGAUUUUUGGGGGAUACACUGAGGAAUAUCCCACUAUCCGCGCGGCAAAAAACAGCGUCCACACUUUGCUGAAAGGACCUCCCAUGGCCGCAUCUAAAGGACCGGUCAUGAAGUUCGAUGCCACGACUUCCCAGCCGCUGCAACAACCCCAUACCGACCCCCUGAAAGAUGAAGUUCGAGGAGAAGCACUUGCAACCCCUAGACAAACCACUGAUUGGGUUUGGAGGGAGUCAGUGGUAGAUCUCAACUUUCCCUACAAUGCCAUCAUGGGGCUCCCACUCAUUAACAAGAUCAAGGCAGCCAUCUUUCCCCAUCAACUCCUGCUGCAAUUCGAAACAGAUAACGGGCAAGUUGGCAUUCUGAAAGGAGACCAGGUGACGGCUCGCCAAUGCCUCGUUAACACCCUGAAGCGCAGGUCUUCCGAGACACCUGCAAAAAGAAAGAGGGAAGACAAGGUCCCCGCUGUCAUGAGCGUAUACAGGGAAAAUCCCAACACGCAUGAAAGGCCCCGCCCCAUAGAACGAUACGAGGAAGUAGAUAUGUUCAAGGGGAAACAAAUCAAGAUAGGGAAAGAUCUUCCUGACACGGUCAAGCAGGACAUAGUGGCCACCAUUGCUGAAUUCCGCGACGUCUUUGCUUUUUGCACGGAAGAAAUGCCUGGCAUCCCUAACAGUGUCGCGUGUCAUAAACUUGACAUCAAACCAGGCCAUAAACCCGUGAAACAAAAGCUACGACAUCAAGGAAGAGAGCGGACUGAGGCCGCAAAGGAGGAAGUUGAGAAGUUAUUGAGAGCCGGAUUUAUCAAAGAAUGCCAAUACUCAGAGUGGCUAUCCAACGUUGUUCUGGUAAAAAAACCAAAUAGUAAAUGGAGGAUGUGUGUCGACUUCACGGACCUGAAUAAGGCAUGCCCCAAAGACGAUUAUCCACUUCCAAAGAUAGAUCGUCUGGUCGACUCUACGGCAGGCCAUGCAUUAUUAAGCUUCAUGGAUGCCAACGCCGGCUAUCAUCAGAUCCCAUUGGCCACCGAAGAUCAACCUCACACGGCCUUCAUUACUAGCACAGGGGUCUAUUGCUACAAGGUCAUGCCCUUCGGAUUAAAAAACGCGGGAGCAACUUAUCAGAGGAUGGUCAACAAGGUCUUCCAAUCUCAGAUUGGACGGAAUUUAGAAGUAUAUGUGGAUGAUAUGAUCACAAAGAGCAAACAAGCAAGUCAGCACGCCGCGGACUUACGAGAAACCUUCCUUACCCUUCAAAAACACCAAAUGAAGCUUAAUCCCGACAAGUGCGUGUUUGGAGUUACCGGAGGUAAGUGCCUCGGCUUUCUGGUAGACGAGCGGGGCAUUGAAGCAAAUCCCGAUAAGAUCCAGGCCUUACAAAACAUGAGAUCCCCCACCUCAGUGAAAGAAGUACAAAAACUCACGGGGUGCAUAGCCGCUCUCGGAAGAUUCCUUUCCAAGUCUGCGGAUAAAUGUUCCCCCUUCUUUAAAACAAUAAAACAACAGAAGUUCGAGUGGACAGCAGAAGCAGAAGAGUCCUUUCGCCAACUCAAAGAACAUCUGUCCACAUUACCGAAACUAGUUUCUCCCAUCAAAGGGGAGAAACUAGUCCUAUAUGUUUCUGUCUCCGAGUAUUCGUUAUCCGGAGUACUGGUUGCGGAAAGGGAAAAGAAACAGUUUCCCGUAUACUACGUGAGUCAUGCAUUCCGCGGCUCUGAGGGAAACUACGGCGAAGUCGAAAAAGUCGUAUUCGCAAUCGUUAUGGCAAGCAGAAAAUUGAAGCCCUACUUUCAAUCCCAUCAGAUCAUCAUCCGGACUGAUCAACCUUUGAAAAAGAUACUGGAAGGAAAAAACAAGUCAAGCCGCGUCACAGAUUGGGCAAACCAGCUAGCGGAUUUCGGUAUCGAAUACGAGCCUCGAACGGCAAUCAAAGCUCAAGCUCUGGCUGAUUUCAUUGCUGAAAGUACCUUCCCCUGUCAUCCUGAACCCAAUCAGAAGUGGAAGUUGUAUGUAGAUGGGUCCUCAACACAAUCAGCUAGUGGAGCUGGACUCCUCAUCAUGUCUUCCGCGGGGGUCCGUAUGGAAAGAGCAGUCAGGUUCGAGUUCGCAGCAUCUAACAACGAGGCAGAAUAUGAAGCAUUAUUGAUGGGAUUGAGAAUUUGCUACGAAGCGGGAGCGAAAAACUUGUCCGCUUUCUCUGACUCCCAAUUGAUCGUGGGACAAGUCAACGGAGAAUUCGAAGCAAAGGAUGAUAGCAUGAAGAUGUAUUUGCAGCAGGUGAAAGAAUUUGUUCAAAAAUUCGACAAGUUCACAUUGGAGCACAUUCCAAGAUCCCAGAACGCACAAGCUGAUUCCCUAGCAAAACUGGCCAGCUCAGCAGAAACAUCCGCGGCUCGAGACAUUAUCUGGGAAGUACUUCCUAAUCCCAGCAUCAACUUCAUGGUCAACACCAUCGACAGAUCAGAUACGUGGAUGGAACCGUACAUCGAAUAUUUGCGAAAUCAGACGCUUCCCCAAGAUAAAAGCCAGGCCAAUACGCUCCAGAAGAAAGCAAGAUGGUUCGAACUCCACGAAGGAACGCUCUACAAGAAGUCGUAUACACACCCCCUCCUGAAAUGUGUAUCCCCUGAAGAAGGAAACUAUAUCCUUCGCGAAAUACAUGAAGGAGGAUGCGGUAUACAUCAGGGAGUGCGAACUGUCAUCGGGAAAGUCCUGAGAAGUGGAUAUUAUUGGCCCUCACUCCGAGAAGACGCGGAAUACUUGAUCAAGAGAUGUCCUGAAUGCCAAUACCAUUCAAAGAUAGGAAGGAAGCCGUCUAAUUACUUGACUGCCAUACAAGCCGUCUUGCCUUUCGACAAGUGGGGCAUGGACCUCCUUGGUCCCUUCCCUCCGGCAAAAGGGCAACGCAAAUUCAUCAUUGUGGCCAUUGAUUAUUUCACAAAAUAUGUAGAAGCGGAAGCCCUUAGUUCAAUCACGGACAAACAAGUCUGUCAGUUUAUAUGGAGAAAUAUCAUCACAAGGUACGGCAUCCCCCGGGUGAUCAUAACAGAUAAUGGAAGGCAGUUCGUCAGCAAGAACACUAUCGAGUACUGCGACAAAUUUAACAUCCAAAUCAGAUUCAGUUCAGUAUCCAGGCCGCAAACUAACGGUCAAGUGGAGUCCGCAAACAAAGAGAUCCUGAAUGGCAUUAAGAAGAAGAUAGAGGGAGUCAAAGGUAAUUGGGAUGAAGAACUACCAGGCAUCUUAUGGGCAAGCCGAACAACCAUCAAAGACGCAACGGGGCAUACACCUUUCUCUUUAGUAUAUGGAUCUGAAGCCGUGCUCCCAGUUGAAAUAGGCAUACCCUCUACAAGGGUCACCUACUACUCACACGACGAAAAUGAAGAAGGAAAAAGAGCAAACUUAGAUCUGCUGCCGGAAACAAGAGGAAACGCGAUGCUGAGAUCAAUAGCACAAAAACAGAAGAUCAUCCGUAGCUUCAAUCGCCACGUAAAAACCAGACGCAUUCAAAUGGGUGAUUUGGUCCUUCGAAAAAUAGAAGCUACGGGAAAGAUCGUGGAAAAAGGAAAGUUAGGAGCCAAAUGGGACGGCCCUUUCAAAGUCACCCGCAUCAUCAAACCGGGAACUUUCGAACUAGAAGACAUGAAAGGGAAAAAACUACCCCGUCCAUGGAAUGGAGACCACCUAAAGAAAUUCUACAUUUAAUAAAAUUUGCAAGGGGCAAUCAGUUACUAGUAUCAGUGUUAGCAGCAUCAAUCCGCGACUACACUCAUCCCGCAACGUAGUUGCGUUGUCAUUCGAAUUCACUUUUGUAUUCUUAUCAAUCCUUUAUAACAGAAGUUUCAAUUUCAGAUUAUCUGGCACCUAUGUUCGCAACUAUUUGGUAAAAAUCUAUUGCAAAUCUUAUUAAAUCAGUAAUAUCCAAAAGUCGGACCCCUUGAGAGAGGUCCCAUUAUCAAGUUAUUCUAAGUCACUAACGAACCUAUGACUUCGACAAGUCGGACCCUCAGUUUGGGGUCCCCCUAAUUCAAAAUAUUCUAAGUUUUUACAAUGAUGUUUCCCAACCGGGACAUCGAUAAGUCGGACCCCCAGUUUGGGGUCCCCUAGUUCAAAAUAUUCUAAGUUUUUACAAUGAUGUUUCCCAACCGGGACAUCGAUAAGUCGGACCCCCAGUUUGGGGUCCCCUAGUUCAAAAUAUUCUAAGUUUUUACAAUGAUGUUUCCCAACCGGGACAUCGAUAAGUCGGACCUCCAGUUUGGGGUCCCCUAGUUCAAAACAUUCUAAGUCUUUACAAUGAUGUUUCCUAACCGGAACAUCGAUAAGUCGGACCCCCAGUUUGGGGUCCCCUAGUUCAAAAUAUUCCAAAAGAUGUUUCCCAACCGGGACGUCGAUAAGUCGGACCCCCAGUUUGGGGUCCUUGAGUUCAAAAGAAAAUCCAAGUCUCCCAAAAAGAUUACCCGCGACCGGGACAUCGACAAGUCGGACCCCCCUACUGGGGUCUGAAGGCUGAAAAUAUUCUAAGUCCAAAUUUCCUUGACGUCGCCUAUACGUGACAUCGAAAAAUCACGUCUUUUAAGUAGUAUUCCGCGGCCUCAGAAGAAAGAAGCCACGGCUUAACAAAUAGAAGCAUGGAUAUCACAAAAAAAUCAGGAAUAUAUACAUCGAAUAUUCAAAAUAUAGUUGAAUGUUUACAAAAAACAAGGUUACUAAAAUACAAGAUUAUACAUCGUCAAAAAAGGCCUCGACAUCUUCACCCGGCGGCGGAGGGGAUUCGAUCCUUCCC